CGUAUUUUGGCAGUUUACACGUAGUAUUUUAAUGGAUUGCGCAGUGUGGUAGAAUUUCUGAAAAUAUCUUAAAAAAAUUGUAAAAUUUAUGGUGUAAUUAGUGUUAUUUGAAACUAAGUGUAUGCGAAUAAAGAUACAAUAUGUUUGCUAAUUUGAAAAACAAACUAAUAGAGGAGGUGAAGGCGUCGCCAUCCAAAUUCCAGCAAUUCGCGGCUGCUGUCUCGUCGUCGGCAAGCACAACGCCUAGUGGUUCCGAGUCCACUACGACAACGACAACCAAUGAGAAUUUUUUUAGUAUUACAGAGGAAGGCGUUCAAUUUGCAGAUACACCACAAAAUUCACCCUACAAACCUUUAAAAUUACCACCUGGUGCAGUAAGCGGGCGGACACACCAUAAUGGACCUAGCGUAACUGGUGGUGCUAUAUCCCGUACCAGAAAACUAUCUAACUCAUCAAUGGCCAGUGAUGUGUCUUUUCGUCUGCCCUCCUACGAAUCACCCCCUAUGUAUCAUAUACAAUCGGACUUGGAGUCUAAUUGCAGUGAGCUGGAAGAUACAGCCUCCACGGCGAAACUGGAUAUCAUCACUAAAGAACAGCUAUUCGAUGCGUAUAAAAAAUCAUUGGAUCGCUACCACAAAUAUCGCAGCCGAUACACGGAUUUGGCUAAGAAAUAUAAAGACCUAGAGCGCGACAGUACUAAGGCGCGGUCGGUACUUGUGGAGACGCAGGAGAAGGCUAUUCGUCGUAUCAGUGAAUUGCGUGAGCAGUGCUCUUUAGAGCAGCAAGCGAAAGCGCAUCUCGAAGAAGCAUUGCGUAUGGAAAUGGACGAUAUGCAGUGCAAAAUGCAAGCAUAUCAAACGAAAUUAAAGUUACUUGGCGAAAAUCCGGACAAUGUGACAACCAUUCUCUCAUUAUCUGCCUCCAACGAUGUUAGUGGCGGAACAUCACUUAUAGACCUGGACGAUAGUAAUAAUAGUAACAACUUAACUAAUCAGGAGGAGUUUAUUGAGAAAAAUUCUACAAAUAAUCUUGUAAAUGCUAGCAUUGAAAAAGACGCAUCGCAAUUUUCUCAACUGAAAAAGGAAUUAGAAGAACGCCAACUUCAAAUAGAGGAACUUACAGCGAACAUGCUCAAUGCCGAAGAAACUAUUGCACAAUUGCGCAAGCAAGAGGAAGAGAAUGCAUUGCUUUUGGCUCAAACCAAACAAAACAUCCAUUCAGAGCUCGAAAACAAAGAAAGUGAAGUUAAAAAACUUACUGAGAAAAUCACUGAAAUGCAAAAAGAUUUGCAGGAGGCCACAAAAAAAGCUAUGCAAAUAAGUGAGCAGUCAGAUGAGCUCAAUGAAUUGCGUGAGAAAUUCAAAAAUUUGCAAACGGCCAAACAGGAAAGUGAUGCAAAACUCAUUGCUGCAGAACAUUUGCUCGGCCAGUUAAAGGAUCAGCAAACAACAAAAGAUAAUGCGUUGAAAGCCACUGAAGAGAAACUAACAAAAGCGGUCAAGGAUAGUGAACAGAAAUUGGAUGAGUUGCGACAGCAGAAUGCACAGCUAAAUGAGAUGGUACAGCGCUAUCAACAAAACGAAGUGUCGUUGGCGGAAAUAGACAACGAAUUAAACAGAACGAAAAACGAAAAUGAUAUUCUUAAGUCAACUAUUGCGGAAAGUGAACGAAAACUACAAGAACUGGCAACAGAACUGCGCACAGAAAAGGAACAACUAGAGCGUCAUCAGCGAGAAAAAACAGCUGAGGAGGAACGUUGGCAAGCGAUGCAGGCACGGGAAGAGGAACUGAGUAAGACAUUGCAAGAGGCACAAGUUGCGAACGAAGUGCAGGUACAAAGGAUAAAUCAGUUAGAGUCAGAGUUAAGGAUAUCGAACGAACGAAAUGCUUGCAAUGAAAGUGACGCGCUUGCUGCACUCCAAGCAGAAUUGCAAAAGGUCAAUGAAGAAAUGGUUGCUAAAGUGACGGGUAUGAAAGAGCAGCUCGCUAGUAAAGAAAAAGAAUUGAAAUCCCUUACAAAUAAGCUGGCAAAACAGAAGAAGCAAUUCGAAAACCAACAUAAUUGUGUUCGUGAGCAAAGCGACGAAAUCGAAAUGCUCCGAUCAGAGUUGAAAAAACAUGAACAACAUCUUAAAAAUUUACAGAGUGAGUCAUAUGCGCGCGAGGAGAGGGACGAGGCGGAGAAAGCUAAACUAAAGGCACAGUCCCAAAGUAUACUUCAAGAUAUAGCGCAAAUACAAGAAGAAAUGCGCAUUGUGCGGGAAUCACAUGGUGAGCUGGAAGCGGAGAAACUAAAGCUGGAGCAAAGGAUCGAAAAUAUGCAACGGAAAGCGCUAAAUGCCAGUGAUGAUUCUCAACAUUGGCACGAGCAAUUGAUCGAAGCCGAAAACAAACUACAUCAGGUGGAGGCAAAGUUACAGAAUGUCGAGACCGAGAAUUCUCAAUUGGCAGAGCGGAAUUGUCUACUAGAAGAGCAAAAUAACCGGUUUGAGAAGCAACUUGCGGAACGCGAACGACAGAAGGACUCGGAAGAGGCGAAUGCCAAUGAGUUGCGUUUGAAAUUGGAAGCAACGGAAAUGGCAAUGCAUAAACUAAACGAGAAAAUGUCGCAAGUGCUAGACGAAAACAUGCAAAUGCACAAUACACAGGAAUUGAUGGACCACGAUUAUCGUGCGCUGCAAAAAAAAAUUGAUGCAUUGGAGAAGCAGAAGUUGAUGGCAGAGGAUGGGCAAACGUGUUUACAAGAAGAGUUGGAUGAGAUAAGAGAACGUAAGUUGGUAUUAGAAACGAGGUUACGGGAAACCGUCGAACAGCUACAGCAGGCGGAGGAAAAAUGUACCGAGGAAAAGAAAAAUGCUGAAUCAGAUUUUAAGGAGAUUGCAAUGGCCAGAGAGCGUUUGGAGUUGGAGAAUCAGACGCUGAGUGCGGAAUUGAAUGAGCUUAGAGCAGUAAAGUCGGAUGAUGAAAAGCUGCAGAGCUUAAUGCAGGAACAAAAAAGUCGUAUUGAAGUGUUGGAACACGAAUUAUUUGAGGCGAAGGAAGAGGGCAGAGCAGGCCUUGCAUUUGCAAGGGAAGAAAACUUGCAACUGAGAGAGGAAUUAGUUAAACUGAAAGCAGCAUUUGCAGAAUUGGAGCACACGAAGGAGGAAUGCGAAAUUCUAAAAGACGAAACUACCAAACUUAACCAAGAAUUGAGCAUUUUAAACACAGAACUGAAUCAGAGUCGUCAAACUUGCCUAGAACUUGAGGCACAAGUGACAAAUCUGAAUUUAUUGGCCCAAGAAAAAGAAGAAAAUGAACGAGAACUAAAGUUAUUGAGAGAUCAAAUUGAUAAAUUACAAGACGAAUCAAAAUCAUAUAGAGCUGAGGCGCAAAACAAUGCCGCGGCGUUGGAAACAUUGAAGCACCAAUUGGAUAGUGCUGGCGACAUAAGCGAAAAGUUGGGGAACACUGAGGCGGAAUUGCAGCAGCUAAAAGAAACGGAAAGAAAUUUACGCGUCGAAACUGCAGCCAGUGCUGAGUCGGCUGUUAAGCGGAUUCUUGAACUGGAGGACCUGUUAGGAAUUGCUAACAAAGAUGUGGAGCGAUUGCAUGAAAGCAAUGACGCUAUCCAAGUGGAAAUGGAUAAGUUGCAGAACAAGAAUGAGUUGCAAGUGCAAAGUUUGGAAGGAGCAUUGAAACAAUUGCGUGAAGAUAACGAAAAACUUGAGAAACUGGUUGUGAGCCAAAAGAAUGAUGCCGAAAAACUUGAAAAUUACGAGCAAUUGCAGAUUGAAAACGAGUACUUGAAUAAACAUCUGAAACAACUGGAAAUCGAAAUGACGGAACAACGUGCAGAAACCUCGACCCAGCUAAAGGACGCAGAAGAUUUGCGCGAGAAAUUGAAGUCACUGCAAUGUGAACUCUAUGUGUUGCGUGAGAAUGCCGAGAAGCACGACGACCAGUUGGCGGAGAAACAAAGAGCUAUUGAUGAUGCUAAUAGUGAAAGCAAAGAAAUACGCGAAAAGCUGGCGAACGAACAAGCCGAGUUGGAACGUCAGGUGGUGCAUGCCAAGUACAUUACCGAACAAAACGAUGCGAUACAAAGCGACCUGUUACACAAACAACACAAAUUGACCGAAGUAGAGCAGCAAUUGCAUGACGUCAGGGUGGAGCUUGACGACGUAAAAUCGACGUACGAAUCAGAUAUUGCCACUAAAACAGAGGAAGCAGAUCAAUUGCGCGCUAAAUUGCAGCAAGUCGCGAGUGAACUUGAUGCGAAAGCGCGAUUGCAAGAGGAGUUGGAUGCGUUGCGCAUUGGACUUGCCGAGCGUAGCAGUUUUCACGAAGUCUCACUGGCGACAGCAACAGCGGAAAGCGGACAAAAGCCAGCAAUAGCGAGUGAUGCUGAACAUUUGCGCCGUAUCAACGAAUCGUUGCAACGAGAAUUGGAAGAUCUCAAACACAAAUCUACCUCCGAGAUCACAGAGCUUCAACAAGAAAUCGAAGACAUGCAAAGCAAUGCGAAACAUAUGGCUGAACGUUUGAUGGAAGUUGAACGAUCGCGCGCUACCUUGCAAGCACAAGCGCUAUUUUCUACGCCGCAUGCAAAUGUUAACGAACGAUCGGUGACGUCGUCAGCUGAAGAGCUGGGUGGCUCGAAACAGGAAGAGAUGUUGCAACGCGAAAGAGACGAAUUAGCGGCAAAAUUGCGUGAAAUCAUGAACGAAGUGCGUGAUGUUUCCGAGCGCAAUAUUUUCCUUGAACAACAGUGCGAAAACUAUCUUAUAUUAGAGCAGUCCAACGAACGUUUGAAGCUGCAGAAUGCCAAACUCUCACGCCAAUUGGACGAAACAUUGGUGUCAAUGCAGCACAACGAAGGGAUUACAGCGAAUACGGAAUUUGAAUACUUAAGAAAUAUUAUGUUCCAGUAUUUAACGGGGUCCGCCAAUGGCAACAACGAAACCCUUGUCAAAGUGAUAUCGGCCGUUUUGAAGUUCUCGCCGCAGCAAACGCAAGUAGCGCUCGAAAAAGAACACCAGCGACGUUCACUCAUAAACAAAAUCCUAUAGCAAGAAUUAGAACAAGUCUACUCAGCCACAUGGUGGUAGCACUACGAACAUUGCUUUGCGGACAUUAUUGAUUGAGCAAUUUGUGUAAAGUAAACGGAAUUGAAAAUACUAGGAGGCAAUUAGUACUAUAUUCACUAAAGGAGUUAUCGCUCGAACUGACAGCGCUUUGCUUAUGAUCCGUUUUAAGCACUAGACAUAAAUAUGUAGAUGUACGAAAACUCAUGCUAAUUAAAAAUUAUUAUUUACCUUUACUUGUAGAUCCAAAUGACGCAUUUUAAAUGUAAACAAAUAUUAUUAAAUGAAUAAUUUACACGAUAACAUUUAUUGAUAGCUAGCAAAAGCGCUGUGACAAACCGGCGCAAUGCAGCAGAAAUUAGUGUAGAUUGUAAAAAAAAAAACAGACAAAUUAUAAACUGCACGCUCGCAGUCAACGCCUGUAUACUCACAUAUGUAUGUAUAUCGGAUUAUAAUGAAAUUGCUUAAGAUGUAAUUUUAUACAAUAUUUAAUCAAAUGUAAUUUCAUUACUUUGUUUUUUGUUGGUUUGUUUGCGCUUGCAUAUAUGUAUUUAAAAAAAUUGUAACCCAUAAAAAUUGUGCAAUCAUUUAAUGAAAUUUUGUAUGUGCUUUCGUAAAUCACAUACAGCUGGAAAAUAUUUAAGUAUUAUGUAAGACAAAAUAUAUCAAAUAUUGUUGUAAUGUAAGUUUUGCAAAUAACCUACGUAUGUUUUUAGUUUGAAGUAAAAAA